UGUACAUUUUUCAAUAUGGCAGGUCUUGAGUUGCUUUCGGACCAAGGCUUUCGAAUUGACGGUAGAAAACCUCAUGAACUGCGAAAAAUAGAAUGUCGGAUGGGUGUGUUUACUCAAGCUGAUGGGUCUGCCUAUGUCGAACAAGGAAAUACCAAGAUCCUUGCUGCAGUUUAUGGCCCACAUGAGGUUAGAGGGAGCAUGCGAUCCAAACUGCAACAUGACAAAGUCCUGAUCAACUGUCAGUACAGUAUGGCGACAUUCAGCACAAGCGAAAGGAAGCGCCGUCCGAGGGGCGAUCGCAAAUCUCAAGAGAUGACAAUGCAUCUGAAGCAGACAUUUGAGGCAGCUGUCAUGAUCAACCUUUAUCCAAGGUCUCAGAUUGAUAUCUAUGUUGAGGUUCUUCAGUCUGAUGGUGGAAAUUAUUGUGCCAGUGUCAACGCUGCCACACUCGCCCUAAUAGAUGCCGGUGUUGCUCUCAAAGACUAUGUGUGUGCCUGUUCAGCUAGUUACAUCAGAGAUACACAAUUAGUAGACAUUAACUACCUAGAAGAAUCAUCAGGAGGACCAGAGAUCGUCGUCACAACAUUGCCAAAAUCGGAUCAGAUUGUAUUUUUGGAAAUGAACGGUCGGAUACAUGAGGAUAAUUUGAGUAAAGUUCUGGACUUGGCGAUGAAAGGUUGCAGGGAUGUGUAUACUGUGUUGGACGGUGUGGUCAGGGAACAUGUGACUGAGAGGGCUAGUGCCCUUGGCAUUGAGAGUAAAUGAGGAAGUUACACCACACAAACUUCAAACACUAAUGCAAACACUGUCCAAUCGUGCAUUUACAGAAGGUCUUGUCUUAAGGAAUUCAUUUUUUACGCUUUCAAGGACCGAAUGAUUGUGAAAUACAGUAUUAGGUAGUCUGGUAGUGACAGUCUAAUACUUCAUGUCUUAAUAUCAAUGAGAU